AUGGCUGUUAUGGAGCUGAAGUGGAUCCACAUGUUGGUCAUCAUCUUCUUCCUGCUCUCUGUUGCAAUGACAGGCUGCUUCCUGUGGCAGUACAGCCUCCCCAAGGUGGAGCCCAGCCCAUCAGUGAUGGCAGCAAGGCCAGAGGCUGUGCAGAUGUGUCCCCGCUACCCCGAGCCCGUGCCACUGGACCACCCCAUCCCCAUCCUGAAGGAUGCACUGGAGAAGGUGGACGUGAUGCUGCGCCAGAAGGUUCACAGCUCUGGUGUCCCAGCCAUGUCUGCCAUCGUGGUCUACAAUGACACUGUGCUCUGGACAGGCAACUUUGGCAAGAAGAAUGGCUCAGACCCCUCCUCCGUGGUGCCCAACGAGUACACUAUUUACAGAAUUGCCAGUGUCUCCAAGAUCUUCCCCACCAUUAUGCUGUACAAGAUGUGGGAGGAAGGAAAAGUCACGUCCCUUGACGACCCCUUGGAACGUUACGCCCAGAACUUCGUUAUUAAGAACCCCCUGGGCAGGCUCAGGGACUCAGAGCAGAGGCCCCCAGGAGAUGGGCUGGCUUUCUCAGAAAAAGGCUCCGUGCCACCCAAGCCAUCACCCGUCACCCUGCGCAGAAUGGCCAGCCAGCUCUCAGGUCUGCCCAGGAGGCUGAGAUCCACCAGCCUGCUGUGGAGAGGCAACACCCAAGAGGCUCUUGCUCUGCUGAAAGAUGAUGUCUUGGUUGCUGACCCUGGAACCAGGUGCCACUAUAGCAACCUGGCCUUCUCGCUGCUGGCGCACGUGCUGGCGGAGCGGGCGGGCGGGCAGUACCAGCGCUGGGUCUCGGAGAACGUCCUGGACCGCCUGGGCAUGGAAGACACCGGCUUCGAGCUCUCGGCCCCCAUCCGCUCCCAGAUGGCCGUAGGCUUCUACAGCAGCCACCUGCCUGCCCCCCUCUACGACCUGGGCUGGUACAGACCCUCGGGGCAGAUGUACUCCUCUGCUGCUGACCUGGCCAAGCUGGCCAUGGUCUUCUUAGGCACCUACCACCGGCGCCUGCUGGAGCCUGACACGGUGAAGACCAUGCUGACCCCCCUGCUGAAGUGCUCCAACGAGUACUUUGCCAACAAGACGGGCACCCCCUGGGAGAUCAACGAGCAGCUGGGCUACGACAUCGUCAGGAAGGAUGGGGACCUGGAUGGUUAUUCUGCCACCUUCUCCCUCGUCCCCAAGCUCCGCCUGAGCUUCAUCGUGCUGAUGGCAGGGCCCAGGCCCCAGGGGGGGGAUCUGGUGGCUCAGGCGUACGAGCAUCUUAUUCCUGCCAUGGAGACAGCGUUCAGAGAAGCAGAGAAAAGCUUGGAUCCCCCUCCCAAUCCAAGCCCUUACGUUGGCUACUAUACCUACUCCAACCUGACUUUCUAUGAGAUUGAGGUGGGGCCCGGGGGGGUGCUGCUCAUGCAGCAGUUUGGACCUCACGUGGAGCAGCUGAUUCCCGAGAAGUACCGGACAAUCAAGCUCCACCACCUGGAAGACCGUGUUUUCCAAGUCGUUUUCGACAAGGAGUUCCCGUGCGUGCUGCACCUGGGCUCUGCCUCCAUCUCCCUGGAGACCCAGAACGGGCAGCUCUUUAACUUCUACCCAUUUGACAGGAAGGGUUUGUCCCCUGGCUUUGAUGCCCCGGGGCUGAACACCUACAACGUGCUGCGUGUGCUCCGCAAACCCGUGUUCUACAGCUAA